AUGGAAAAGGCUACCCAGAUACUCAUGUUCCUAUGUGCUAAGGUCAUGACUGUUCAGGCUGCGGAAACAUGUCCAGAUGUGAAGAUUGUGGGCCUUGGGGCUUCUGAAAAACUGACUAUCCUUCAAGGGUGUCCUGGACUUCCUGGAGCAAUUGGUCCAAAAGGAGAAGUUGGACCUCUAGGAAUGACAGGGGAAAGAGGUCCACCAGGGAGCCCAGGAACACAGGGUCCUAAAGGAGAUAAAGGAGAUUCUGGGAUGCCUGGAAGAAUAGACGAGAAGGAGCUGGAUACUCAGCUGUGCAAGACAGGGGCAAGAAAUUGUAAGGAACUGCUGGGUAAAGGGAACACCCUCAGUGGCUGGUAUACCAUUUACCUCUCAGACUGCAAGUCUCUGACUGUUCUGUGCGACAUGAACACUGAUGGAGGGGGCUGGACCGUUUUCCAGAGACGGGCUGAUGGGUCUGUGAAUUUUUUCCGGUCUUGGUCUGCUUACAAAAGAGGCUUUGGCAGCAGACUGGGGGAGUUCUGGCUGGGGAACGAUAAUCUUCACUUGCUGACAGCUCAGGAUGACAGUGAACUCCGAAUCGACCUCCAAGACUUUGACCGCAAUCACUACUUUGCCAAGUACAGGUCAUUCCAGGUUGCUGGGGAGACUGAGAACUACAAACUGAGUCUGGGGGCCUUUGUGGAUGGAAAUGCAGGUGACUCCUUGAUGUAUCACAAUCACUUUGGCUUCACUACCAGAGACCGGGACAAUGAUGCCUAUGAGGGCAACUGUGCUGUGGCCUACCAGGGUGCCUGGUGGUAUAAUGAUUGCCACUUAUCCAACCUCAAUGGUCAGUACCUGAGAGGGCCUCAUGAGAGCCCAGCUGACGGAGUCAACUGGAAGACAGGUCUUGGAGACAACUACUCCUACAAAGUGUGCGAAAUGAAGCUUCGGCCCACUUAG